UUAAAGUUCAACUAGGACAAAUUCAACCGCUUCAAUAGAUACCAGCUGCUCUGAUUCAAACUUGGAAAGUUUGGUUUUAAAUCGGCCGCCGUCAUGAAACUGACGACUACCAUUCCCAUUUUUCUCUGCUGUCUUCUCCAUAACGCUUUAGCAGGAGAAAAUGAUAUAAAUGACCAAGAGCGAAUUUUAGGAGGAACUAAAGCUAAAGAAGGAGAAUUCCCAUUUAUCGUUUCCAUCACGACAAACGGUGAGCACCUCUGCGCCGGAUUUAUUUACAAUCAGCGAUUUAUCGUCACGACAGUCACAUGCGUCCAAAAUUUGUCACCGUCGCAAGUUUCAGUUGUUGUAGGACAAUUGUCUCUCAUCUCCAGCACCGAGCCGUACGAGCGUCGAUAUCAAGUCGUCAGCAUUAUUCCACACGAGAACUAUGACGCGAAUCUAGGCUUGAAUAAUCUGGCAGUCAUCGAGACAUCUUCGUCAAUGGCAUUCACUGCGGGCCACGUCGACUUCAUCUGCUACAACGAAGAUAACACGACUUUUCCAGAAGCUACUGUCAUGGGCUGGGGCGCUACUCAGGAAGGAGGAUUGCCUUCGAUUGAUUUACUGAAAGCCAGCGUUACUAUAUCGACCGAGUGCGUUGUCUACGGUAGCGAAGAGUAUCAACCCAACUACAUGAUCUGCGCAGGUAGUGAUACUGCCAGUCCUUGUCACUACGACGAAGGGUCGCCGCUAGUUCAAGACAAUAUCGUCGUCGGAGUUGCAUCGAGAAAUACAGGAUGCAAAGAGCUAUUCUUACCGACACUUUAUACUCGACUGUCCUCUUAUUAUGCGUGGUUGAACCGGAAUGCUGGCCAACAACCACCGGCUUGCAGUGCAGCCUAAAUUUAAAAAAAUAACAAUAAAUAAAUAAAUAAGACUGUGUUUUGUAACUAUUCAAAUGUAAAUAAAGCAA